AUGAAGUAUCAUUCCCAAUCAUUCUUUUACGACGAUCCCUGGUCUAUAGUCUCUUUGGCUUACUUCUUACGCUAUCCAAACCCAUAUGCCUCCCAUAUAAUCUCAUGCGACGUUAUUUCUCGCACCGUAACUCACUCCGGAACUCUGCAGACUACACGUCUCAUUCUGAAGAGGGGCUCCCUGCCAAGAUGGGCACCAAAAGGAAUCAUAUCGAGGGCAGAAUCAUGGGUUUUGGAAGAAAGUGAAGUUGACCCUUUGGGUCAAACACUCCGGUGCACAACCAAGAAUUUGGAAUUUACAAAGGUUAUGAAAAUGGAAGAAUCUGUGUACAUAAGGCAGACGGAGGAUGGGAAAACUGUGCAAACUACCGAAGCUCGAGUCCUGUCUGGAUUCGGCUGGGGGCUCACAAAGCGGAUUGAGAGUCACGGGUUGAAUAGAUUCAAGGCUCAUGUUCAUCGUUCCCGAGAAGGCGUGUCUCUAAUCCUCAAGCUUCUACGUGAAUCGCGUCUUCAACCCAUGACCCUGGGUGGUGAACCUUCACAAGCUAAUCUUCCCGUCAACCCAAUUGAAGAAGACAAAACUAUUCCCAAGCCUCAAAACGGCACUUGGGCUAGGUUGAAAGGCUGGUUUUCUGCACCAAAGGAUUGA